CGUUCGCCACGCCAUUAAUUCUCGCCGCUCCAGUCUCCACACAAAGGUCACCCCAUUCAUACAGCAAAGAAAACCGCAAGCAAGCUAAAACAGAAACCCACCGAACAGGAAAGGUGGGGAGGAAAGAAAACACCAAAAUAUUCCCCUCUCAUCAGGGCAGGCAACCGCAGCCGUCCCCCGUCCCUCUCCUCCCGUCGUCAUCUAUCUCACACUCACUCCCCACUCUUACCACUGCUCCUCCACUGGCGAGAUGGGGCGAGGCUCGGGCGCCGCUCCCGUCUCGCCGGGCUUCGCGCUCGAGGUCGCGGUGCUGGCGCUGCUCGCGGCGGCGGCGGCGCUGCCUUCCCCGGCGGCCGGGGUCAACGUGACGGCCGUGCUCUUGGCGUUCCCCAACUUCGCCGACUUCGCGCGCCUGCUGGCGUCCACCCCUGUGGCCGGGGAACUGGCCGGGAGGUCGUCGCUGACGCUGCUGGCCGUGCCGAAUGCCAACCUGCCGCAGUCGCCCUCGGCGUUCGCGGCCGGCGCCGGCGCCGACAUCGCCGACGUGCUGCGGUACCACGUCCUGCUCGAGUACCUCUCCCCGUCCGACCUCGCUCGCCUCCCCGCGUCCGGGAAGCUCGUGACGACGCUGUUCCAGACCACGGGCCGCGCUCCCUCCGACCUCGGCGCCGUCAACCUCACCGCGGGGGCAAACUCCACCGUCGUGGUCCGCUCGCCGGCGCCGUCCCCGGGGUCGAACGCCACCGUCCUCGGCGCCGUGACCGCGGUGCCGUACAACCUCAGCGUGCUCGCGGUGGGUGGCCUCAUCGUCCCCUCCGGAUUCGACCUCGCAGCCUCCGAGAGCCGUCCGGCCCCGCCGGUGAACAUCACCCGGGUCCUCACCGACGCGCGGGGAUUCAACGUGGCGGCCUCCAUGCUGCAGGCUUCCGGUGUGGCGAGCGAGUUUGAGGCCGACGAGCACGGCGCUGGCAUCACAGUCUUCGUCCCCACCGACGACGCCUUUGCCGGCCUCCCCGCCACCGACCGCCUCCAGUCCCUCCCCGCGGAGCGCAAGGUCGUUGUGCUCCGCUUCCACGUCCUGCACUCCUACUACCCGCUCGGCUCCCUCGAGUCCAUCGUGAACCCCGUCCAGCCCACGCUCGCGACUGAGUACACCGAGGCUGGCCGCUUCACCCUAAACAUAACCCGUGUCAAUGGCUCCAUUGCCAUUGACACCGGCGUCGUGCAGGCAUCCAUCACCCGAACAGUGUUCGACCAAAACCCUGUCUCAGUCUUCGCCGUCUCCAAGGUUUUACUGCCCAAGGAAAUGUUCAGCCGGGGGGAUUCUGACAGCACUACCAUGGCACCACCUUCAGCCGCAAUGGCACCCGGUGACGCCGGGAAUGAACAGACACCACCGACAAGGUUUUCAUCCCCGCCUGACCUGCACGGCGAGGAUAGUGAGUCGUCAGCUGCUUUGACGACAGCAAAGGGGGCUUCUUGGUGGUGUAUAGGAUUGAUGUAUCUACAGCUGCAUCUGUUACUCUCUCUGGACCACUACCUAUGCAUGAUAAUUCGUUUGUAGUUUCCCUGGAGAGGUGGCCCAUGUUUUAGUUGAUUAGUUACCAGGCCUGUUCCGUCAUGUGCAGCUCAUGCGUACUUUGCAGGAGUCAUGACCUCAAUGGGACCCAUGGAAUUAUUACCCCGAGAUAAGCAGAUGUUGGUGAUGCCUAUGAUAGCUGACCACAUUUGGUUCGUUCUUUGCAAACAUGGGCCUGAUCAAUCAAGCAUUGCGGCAUAAUGAGAUAUGUUGUAUAAAUGCCUUUAAAAUAGUUGAAAACUGACUAAAACCUGACAUCUGUAGCCAAAAUCCCAAAAAUAUAGCUUCUUUACUCAAGCUAAUAUUACGAAAUCUUUUGGAUCA